CUAACCCGGAAACAAAAGUGGAAUCCCAUCGGAAGUGGAGGGAGCUUGUGCCGAUGCGUGUGUUUUCUCUUCCUCCAUCCCUUUUCUUUUUCAAGCCGACGCUUCUGAGGCUGAGCUGUUGAGGCACCGGUGGCAGCCGCGCCCGUCGGGAGCCUUGUCUCUAUCUAUGUCAAUAGAUCGGCUCCUGCAGCAUCAAUGGCAGCGGACAAGGGCGGAGAUCAGGGAACAGAGAAACAUGAAGGAGCAGGUACUUCUUCUGGGAUUACUGAUCAAGAGAAGGAGCUAUCAAACAGUGCACUACAAGCCUUUUUGGCUGGAAACUAUGAUAUUUGUCUGCAACAGCUUAGCUGCUUGCAAGAAAUAAACAAAGAUGAUUACAAAAUAGUUUUGAACAUGGCAGUAGCAGAAUUCUGUAAAAAUAAUCAAACUACAACAGAUAACUUGAAACAAACACUUAAUCAGCUGAAAAACCAGGUUCAUUCAGCUGUUGAGGAAAUGGACGGUUUAGAUGAUGUUGAAAACAGCAUGCUCUAUUAUAAUCAAGCUGUUAUUUUAUAUCAUCUGCGGCAGUACACUGAAGCAAUAAUAGUUGGGGAGAAACUUUAUCAAUUCAUUGAACCAUUUGAGGAAAAGUUUGCUCAGGCAGUAUGUUUUCUAUUAGUUGACUUAUACCUACUGACUUGUCAAGCUGAGAAAGCCCUACAUCUGCUUGCUGUCCUGGAAAAAAUGGUUUCGCAAGGCAGCAAUAACAAAAAUGGGAAAACUGAGACAGGUAAUAAUGCUAGCAAGGAAGCCAACAACAAGUCUGAAAGUGGUACUCUAACAGAAGCUGCUAAAUCAAAAAUACAUCAGUAUAAGGUUCGAGCUUAUAUUCAAAUGAAAUCUCUGAAAGCAUGCAAGAGGGAAAUCAAGUCAGUUAUGAAUACAGCUGGAAAUUCUGCUCCUUCUCUUUUUCUGAAAAGCAACUUUGAGUAUUUAAGAGGCAAUUACCGGAAAGCUGUAAAGCUCCUGAACAGCUCAAAUAUUGCUGAGCAUCCGGGAUUUAUGAAGACAGGAGAAUGUUUACGGUGUAUGUUCUGGAAUAAUCUUGGUUGCAUCCAUUUUGCUAUGGGGAAACACAACUUAGGAAUUUUCUAUUUUAAAAAGGCUUUGCAAGAAAAUGACAAUGCCUGUGCACAGCUUGGGACAGGUGGCACAGAUCCAGGUAAAAAGUUCUCAGGACGACCAAUGUGCACGUUACUGACCAACAAGCGUUAUGAGUUGCUAUAUAACUGUGGCAUUCAGCUUUUACACAUUGGGAGGCCACUAGCUGCUUUUGAAUGCCUGAUAGAAGCUGUCCAGGUUUAUCAUUCAAAUCCUCGUCUGUGGCUGAGAAUAGCUGAAUGUUGUAUUGCUGCCAAUAGAGGGAGUUUGGAACAAGAAACAAAGGGCCUUCCAAGCAAAAAGGGGAUUGUACAGUCCAUUGUAGGUCAGGGCUAUCAUCGUAAAAUCGUCUUAGCAUCACAGUCUGUGCAGAACAUUGUUUAUAACGAUGGCCAAUCUUCAGCUAUUCCUGUAGCCAGCAUGGAGUUUGCAGCGAUUUGUCUAAGAAAUGCUUUGCUGUUGCUUCCUGAAGACCAGCAAGAGCCAAAGCAAGAAAAUGGAUCUAAAGUUGGUAAUCAGUUGAGUGGGAAUGAAAGCAGUGAGAACAAUGAAGCUUGCAGUAGUAAAAGUCAUGAAGGAGACAAAUUCAUCCCUGCUCCACCAUCUUCUCCCUUGAGAAAGCAGGAAUUAGAAAACCUAAGAUGUUCCAUGCUUGCCUGCAGUGCUUAUGUGGCUUUGGCACUGGGGGACAACCUUAUGGCUCUGAGCCACGCAGAUAAACUUCUUCAGCAGCCCAAACUCUCAGGAUCGCUUAAGUUCCUUGGCCAUUUGUAUGCUGCAGUGGCCCUUAUUUCUCUGGACAGAAUCUCUGAUGCUAUUACUCACUUGAAUCCUGAGAAUGUCACUGAUGUGUCCUUGGGGAUUUCUUCAAACGAGCAGGAUCAAGGGUCUGAUAAAGGAGAAAAUGAAGCCAUGGAAUCAUCUGGCAAGCAAACACCCCAGUGUUAUCCCAGUUCUGUUACAUCUGCACGAACCAUGAUGCUGUUCAAUCUUGGAAGUGCCUACUGCUUAAGAAGCGAGUAUGACAAAGCCCGGAAAUGUCUGCAUCAGGUUAAAAAAAAAAAGGCUGCCUCACUAAUUCAUCCAAAAGAGAUUCCACCAGAAGCUAUCUUACUGGCUGUAUAUCUUGAGCUCCAGAAUGGCAAUACUCAACUGGCGUUGCAAAUCAUCAAAAGAAACCAGCUUCUCCCUUCAGUGAAAAUGCUCUCUGAAAUACGAAAAAAACCUGUAUUCCAACCUCCCCACUUGGUUCAACCUAUUCAGAUGCCAACAUUUACCACUGUUCAGAGGAAGUGAACCUCUGUAAACAGAAUGGCCCUCUGAGGGAGCACUUAAGAUUUGUUUUGUAAUUUUUAAAAACUGUUUCUUGUAUCUGCAUAUAUCAUGCAUUAAGGUUUUUUUUCAUUUAAGAAUAAAAUCCACAAAAA